AUGGAUGACUACUUCGACAGUGCAGACACGCCAGAAGAAGCAUCGAACCGAGCACAGCAAAUCAGCAGCAGUGACGAGGUCCUGCAACACCUAAAGGAGCCAUCCCAGCAAAGGCUGCGUUCUAUCGAUUGCAACGAGGAAGAGAAAGGACAACGGGUUCUUGGAAUAGCGUGGGACUCGAGAAAAGACAUUUUUGUAUUCUCAACAAGCUGGCACGGUAAGCUGGCUCCUUACGUGCUAGAAGACAAGCGGCCAACGAAACGGAUCGCUCUGCGCAUUAUCAUGAGCCUCUUUGAUCCCCUAGGGUUGCUCGCACCCUUCCUGAUUCAUGGGCGGAUGUUGAUUCAAGAUCUCUGGCGGUUCAACUUGGGUUGGGACACCGAAAUAGCCAACAGAGAGUACGAAAAGUGGCGACAAUGGGUUCACCUGCUUCCCGGCAUCAGUAGCCUAGAGAUCCCUCGCUGUUAUUUCGGAAAUGCUCAUUCCAACCUCUACGAGUCGCUACAGCUGCACGUUUUCACCGACGCUAGCGAAUUGGGAUACGGUUGUGCCGCGUACUUCCGCAUCUUGAUAAACCGAGAAGUACGAGUAGCCCUAGUUAUGGCUAGAAGCAAAGUGGCCCCGCUUAAGUACCAAUCCAUUCCUCGAAUGGAACUACAGGAGGCGCUCUUGGGAGCGAGAAUGAUGCACACUGUAAGCAACAACCACACACUCCCAAUCAGAGAAAAGUACGUGCAUACAGACUCAGAAGUGGUACUUGCCUGGAUUCGCUCGCAACACCGAAACUACAAACAGUUUGUCGCGUACCGAGUCAGAGAAAUUCUGUCGUUAACAGAGCCGGAGAACUGGCGACACGUGCCUUCAAAGGAAAAUUUAGCGGGCUGCUUGACAAAGUGGGGCAAAGAUACGGUGCCCGAAUCGAACGGAAGGUGGCUUAAUGGCAAGAAUUCGUUCCUCUACCAGGACAUGGAAAACUGGCCGAAACAAAAGCAGAUAGCGGAAACUCCCGAGGAGCUGAGGGCUCACCUUCUAUUGCACCAUGUUGCGGUACCCGAAAGUCUGAUAGACAUUGGACGGUUUUCAAAGUGGAACGUGCUGCUUCGAACUGUGGCAUUACUGGGUCGGUUCAUCUCGAAUUGUCGUCGGAAGUGCAAAGGAUUCCCAAUCGAAGUCGUUAAGGCUACUGAAUGUCAAUGCAAGCUUUUACAACGCACGACUUCGGUCGAAAUCGUCCCGCUGCGUCAGGAAGAGUACUUAAAGGCUGAACAAUAUCUAUGGCGAAUAGCGCAGAGGGAUUUCUAUCCGGACGAAACUAGGAUCCUGCUAAACAACCGAGACGAACCGCAAUUAGGCAAAUCUUCUUGA